UUGCGAUUGAGGGCUUUCAUCAAUUAGACACCAGUGCACACCACUUCGCGGCGGUGCGUUGAAGCUGGCUGGUUACUUUGAUACCUAGGUAUACGAAGUAAUCCGUACAUAUCAUUGGAUCAGGAAUCGAGCAGCGCUCAACCUUUUUCAGGGCAAAUUUGGGAGCCCUGUUGACGCGCUGGGUAUUGAAGAUGGAACCGAGUCUCGACGUGGAGAUCGAGAAGCUCCAAUCGAAAAUCUCGUCUAUCAAGGAGCAGCUUCGCAUCCACGCCUCAACUCUCAUCACCGCUCCAUCGACGCGCCAGCUCCUCACAGAAGGCGAGCAAGCACUGCGGAAUGGCAGCGACAACGGCGCCCCUAGGAAGAAACUCUCCCUGAAGCAAAAACUCCUCAAUCACUCCACACUCCAGCAAGCCCACACCCAGCAAUGUCUCUACCGCGCCUGCGCAGCCAUCACCACCUUUCGCGCGCAGGACCCGGACCCGCGCGCCGUCGACGGUGGCGCCAUCCUCGGCCUGCGAAUUGAAGUUGCCAGCCGCGCCCGGUUCCUGCGUCCGUACUACGUGCUCUUGAACAGGCCGUACCCGGGUGGGAGCCGUCAUCUGCGCGUGCACCGGCACACGCUGCCGCCCUGCAUUCCGCUGGCCGGGCUGGCGGGGCGGUAUCUGCCCCCGCCACCGGCGACGGGGAAGGCGAAGGCGAGCGACGAGGGUGCCGGCAGCGGAAGGGCAAAACCGCAGGAUCUGGCCAGGUUUGCGCGCUCGCUGCGCAGGGAGGUGGUGCGGUAUCAUCAUCGGCUGGGCGUCGUUGCGGACUUGAGGAAGGCGGCGGGGCUCGGGGGGAGGAAGAAGAUGGAGGAGGGGGAUGGGCAGGGCGGAGAGGAGGACGGAGAGGACGGGCGAGAAGGGCAGCCGCAGGGGAUUCGGCUGGUAGACAUCACGCCGGCGGAUGCGGAGGUGAAGCAGCUUACCAUCGAGUGGGCCGACGGCCGCACCGGCCGAUUGGUAAUGGGCGACGACGGGGAGAUACUGAAACUGGUGGUGGUGGGCGAAAACGGCCGAGAUCGGGAGGCCGGCAGGGACUUUCUCGGCGGGGCGGUUAGAGUCGAGGACGUGGUGAGGCGACUGGCGACUCUGGUCUGAGCUCGGCAUUGCCCAUUCUCGGUCUCGCGAGUGCGCUCUUACUAGGUUUCUCGCUGUCACUAUGUUCCCGGCAAACGAUGACUCGGAUGAACCGGAUGAGGAUACGCGACGGGUACAUUGACAGGAAUCAAAGCGCUGUCCCAUGAUUAACUUCACAACCUGGGCGUCCCUGCAGGAUCUUUUCGAUUGUCCCGACACACAGCUCCCUGCAGGAUCUUUUCGAUUGUCCCGACACACAGCGUCACCCAACACACCAGGCUUAGCGACGGGCUCUUGCUCAGCCCAGUUCCGAGAACCAAGUUACGUCUUCCGCCAUCGCUCUGCCAUACCUCGUGUUCACUUGUGCAAGACAAAGUG